CAACAUUGAUUUCGACGGACAAAGAUUGCUCUAUCAAAAAAUAUAUUUAAAAAAAAUCAAAACUACCCCAAAAUACACAAUCUGGCGAAAAUGUUUGUAAUUUGCCAUAACAAAAAACAAAGUUUUGCAAGAAUACAUUUCGAAAACAAAUCCAUGGACCCAAAAGGGAUUGAUUUGUUUGUGGAAAACAGGAGUUGUAUUGGUUUGUUUUCCGCUGUUUGCGCCCUCCUGUAUUGAUCCAGAUGCGCCUAGACGCGCAGCUGUCAGACUCUCUCUCAUCCAAUCAGCUGGCUCUCUGGCUCUGUCGUACGAUGCUCCAAUCACGGUGGCAUGUUUUCAUCAUUUCCCAGCUCCAUCCAGCUUCAUCUCUGGUCUGCAGUCGGAGUGUGAGGAAGAAAGCAGAGGGAUCCUGGGAAAUAAGAAUGGACUUCGCACUUCCAGGCUCUCCUGUCGGCUAAAACCCGUCAGUGAUCGACGCUCUUCCCUGUAAGGCCUCGUCGCGGAUGUUGCAGGAGAGGAGCGCCUCUGUCGGAGGACUGAUGAGGCCGUGCAGUCUCUCAGCCUCUCUCCUCUAAAGAAACGGCGUCACAUGCCGCUGGGAAGCGCUUUAUCGCCUCAGAUGAGAGGGGUUUUGGUGAAUACCGCAGCCUGCAGGAUUUGGAGCCGCACCGGAAACAGCAUGCUCACAUCACUGGACGUUUUAUAACGCUUCUGUGCCAUCUUCUCUAAAAUCAGCCUGGUUAGCAUCACUUUAAAGGACUCCUGCAGCCAUGGGUGAGGAAAGUUGCCUCUCUCAGCAGAUCCAGAGCGUGGAGAGGAGCGUGGUGUUCCUCAGGCAGGAGCACCUCACUUUGCUCCACGGCCUCCACCUGGAGAUCCUCUCCUUGCAGAAACGCUGCUCAGAGCUGACAAGUGAGCUGAAGUUAAAGCCUCCAGGCAGGACCCAGAUAGAAUUACUUGAGGAAGAGGAGAUGCUGGAGGCCCGCUGUAGGGACCUGGAAAGCCGUCUGGAAGAUCAGGAGUACACUCUGGGAGAGUUUAGAAAGGAGCUGGGUCACAAAGGGGCUUUGGUGGGAACCCUCAGAGCCAAUCUCAAGGAAAAGGAGCGUCACUUUCUAGAGGAGCUUAAACGCCGCAGCCACUGUUCCACUGUCCUGAACACGGAGCUUCAGAAACAAACUGAGGCAGCAGCAUACCUCUCCUUCCAGCUGCAUGCUGCCAAACAGAAGCUGCACCACCAGAGGAUGCAGCAGAGGCAGGGACUCCUUGCCAGUGCCAACAGCCAGGGGGUCCAGCAUGGAGCUGAGCAGAACAUCCCCCUCUCUGGAGCCUCCCCAUCCUCUCUUGUAGUCAAACCCAAGCGUAAGAGCAUCAGGGCGUCUUCAAGGGUGGAGCGUGCUCGGGAGUGCGUCCCCAUAGAGAAAGUGCUGGGCCCCGCGGAGCCCACAGCCAUGCCGGACCCAGCGCUCUUCCUGCAGCCUCGCAGGCACAGAGCCCGCUCCAGACACACUGUGGCACAAAGACAGCCUCCUCGGGGGAUGGAGAGGGAAGACCAUGAGGAAGGAGGUGGGGAGGGGCCAGUGGAGGUCCACGAUGAAGCAGCCAGACGGAUGUCUUCAGCAGUGCCGCCCCCUGCUGCUCAGACCAACGCAGAUUAGUGACUGAGCAUUUCUGGUUUUAGCUACAGUGUGAUAACUGUAUGUUAUCUUCCAUAAGACUGUCAAUGUCAUUAACUGUUGUUCUGCACCUUGACUGAAUUAAUACUGAGACUGGUUUUAGCUAUUUAAUUACUUUACAACUACUUUUGUAAUAUGUACUUUGAUAUAACCUUAAAUAACUUGCAUAGCAAAUGCCAGUAAGUGUCAAAAAUUAGGUUUACACUGCUGUUAGAUGCUCUGUGAACUGUGGAGCCUUAAUUUUAAAGCUUUGACUUGUAAAGACGGUGACUUUAACCUUGGCCCAGCUGUGUGACCCAGUCAACUGACAUCUUCCAAGGCUGACUAUAAAUCAGCCUGCGUUUGUAUGUCCUCCAACUGAGUCAUAGCUGAAAAUACCAAAGUGAGAGCAGAGCACAUAUGACAGAUUAUCAAUCUUUCCCUCACUAUAAACAGAGUAUAGCUGUAGAAAAUUAUAGUUCAGAAUUCUUUUAAGAUUUGAUGUGAAAACCAGUAUUUAGUUCCACUUUCGGACGUUUAUAGGACACUGUACAACACAUUCAACCAUGUUUCCAUUUACUUAAAAUUGCUCAAAAGUAAAAUGUAUUUCAAAAACAAAUGUUCCUGAAAGGGCAUAUAUCAUGCUUUUUACAACUUUUUCUGUUCAAUUGUAUUAGGGCUUGUAAUUCAUGAUAGCUUUAUUAAAUUUACAAGGUUGAAAAAUACGUAGAAAAAUCAAAAAUAUGAAAAAAGCCAAACAAGGCACCCAAAAUUGCAGCCAAAAGUUGCAGAAAUGUAAUGACAUCACAGAAGGACCCCUGAACUUCUGGAUUAUUGUGUGACACAAUAGCCACCCAAGACGAAAGCAGAUAUAGCAACAUUUCCAGCUCUUUCAUCAUUUCAUAAAGUGAAGAUUAAUUUGGUUAUUUUUCCAGUGGAGUCCUAACAAACAAGCACCCUAACCUGGGAUUCUAAAGCGCUCUGUGGCGAGCCCAGUCUGCCUGUAAUUCACCGCAAAAAACAUUAUCAAAAAUUUUACAUUAAGGAAGCAUUCAGAUAGACAUUGCAACUUCUGCUGCAGUUCUAACCAGCAUUACUACUUUGAUGCACAUAGACAUCUCAUCUUCUCAUCCAACAAUUCUGUCACUGAAAAACCUUAAUAGUGAGCCAUGCAGUGAUAGCCUAAAACAUAGCAAUAGUGAAUGGAAGCAGCAGAAAGUCUUAUUUCUCUUCACAGAAUCAGCACAAUCCUGUUUUACUUCUUAUGUUAAAGUAACGUAGUUGUCAAAAGGCUAGUCUGAAGACCCCAUCUGUCACUCCACUCAAACAUCUACAGUUAGUUUAUCUGAUUCUAAAACAUCACUGCAAGCCACUCAAGUGGUGUUGGAAGGGCAGGUAAAAUGUUAAUAUAUAAUCUGUCAUUCAUCUGUCAUUCAACUGCUGUUGCACAGAAUUUUUGUGGGUAAACAUGUCGGACGAUUUGUGUUAGCAAUCCAUUGAUGUCAGCAGACAUUUUGUACUAGCAAAAAACGCAUAAAAAGUAAAAACUGCUGUGAAACAACACAUUUUCUCACCUAUAAAACAUUGUGCUCACAAACAACACCCAUGAUCACCUUGAUGAUCUGGCUGUUGAUUCCCCUAGAGCUAUCUAUUGCAGGCAAGGCAUGAACUUUGUUGUCCCUUAGCAGCGGUGUGUUCCCUCCAUUUAAGCCAUCAUAACUUGUCCUGCAAAUCCUGUCUUAACUGAGGAUCUUCAGGCUUUUCCUUUUGACCAAACAAGACCACAUUCAGGUGAUCCUCAGUUGUGGCUCGAUGCACCAUGUGUUUUUCUGGGCUCUGUGUACAUUUGCCGCUUCGCCAGUUCCUGCCUCCAUUUUAUACACACAUGUUGCCAUUUCAUCCAAAACUCAGUGGCUUCACCAAGAGAUAACGAGAGGGGGCCAUUGGCCACUGCUAUAAAUUUGCUGACUCUAUGGUGGUCAGACAGUCUUCUAUGCAUAUCUUUUAUGAAUGUGAAUUUAAAAGAGGUCUUAUAUACAUACAUAUUUAUGUAAUUAAUUAAAUUUUUUUGUGUUCCACCCCAAGAUUAUCAGUGCUUCAGGCUGCCCCUUUGAAAACUUUGAGGAGGUGCUCCUGCCCAACCUCUUUCCAUUUUUGUACCCGUUUACAAACCAUUGGGUACCCAUGUCCUUUAAUAGAUUUAACAUCAGUUCAUUUCUAUUGCUAGUGAAAUAUUUUGAUAAAUCAGAAAAAUAUUCAAAUCUCAUUUCUAUUUGAUUUUAUUGUAUAUUUUUGUAUAUUUGUUUAUAUUACACACUAAUUCCAAUGUUAAUAAAUGUGACAAAUUAUGACCAAUAAUCAAACCAAUAUAAGUCUGAGCAGCCUCCUGCUGGUGCAUAUUGUUUAUUGGAGUCAUAUUACCAAACUUCCUUACAAUUGACAUAAAUAAAAUAAAGAUAAUUACUUUAAAUCAUUAGCUGUCAGAGCAGGUAUGAAACGUCCUGUGGCAGAAAGCUUGUUUUCAUACCAGCCACCAGUUUUUCUCAGGUGUGGUUUGUGUGCUGAACUGUUACUUCAUUUAGGGUUGUUGUGUUGGGAGUUUUUAUUUUCACCUCAGGAGAACAAACAAAAGUGACUAUUGGGUUUUGUCUUAAAGGAGUGGGUGAAUUUUAAAGGGUGGUCUGCUCGCUUGUGUCUCUUUACUGGUAAGAAUCUGCAAAAAGACAAUAAAUGUUCAGAAAGAAAGGAGUCAAAUGUGGGUGAAAACAAGAAGGUGGUAACCUCUGGUGUUACAACACAAAAAGAUCAAUUAAAUUAUCAUGUAGAAAAGAUUGUUUCUGUGGAUUGUCCAACUUGUAAGGAGGUAAACUCUAAAAGGUAAAAAUGUAGGGCAGUAACCAGUAGUUAGAUCUCUGAGUAUACAAAGAAUUAACCAGGACAGGCAGGAAACUACACAUUUCUUCUCUCAUUUUGGGAUUUAUAUAUAAAGUUUUACUGUAUGUAAUUCUCAGUGUUAUACUCUGAAUGUUCUAUAUAACUGACAUCAAAUGUGAUUUUGCUCCUGGGCUGAUGUUUAUUUUCAAUAUUCUUUUAGUCAUAUUUUUAAGCACUACGUUUCACAAAUAUAAAGCAAUAUGUUGAUAUAUUAUUAAUAAUUUGUGUUUAGAAUUUAGGCUAAAGAUUUAAAAAAAAACUAAAGAGGCAUUACCUUUAUAUUUUGUAAUAAUCUAACCUUCUGUGAUUGCUUCGUAUUUUUUGUCUUGACAGAUUUUUUCUCACUUAGCAAACAGAUUUAUUAUUAUGUCUCUUAUGAACUCUCUUUGUUAAAAUUACUUAUUUUAUGAAGUAUUUUCAGUCAACCUCUGGUUGUUAAUCUAUUGCACUGAAAGUAGGAAUUCUGGACUUUAGACUGUUAGACGUCCGUACUGCAUCACUCUUCAUCCACAUUUUACAGUAGAUGAUCUACAUUUGGCUCUAACUAAUCUUAAUACGCCUUAACACUUAUCAUUUUUUCCUUUAAUAUUUCAGCUGCAGCGACUGUUUGCAGCCUGGAUUAAGUUGUUUCCACUUUUUACAACAUACCACCAUAAAUCUCACAUGACAAAAGUAUAAAAAACAUUUAAUUUACUCUCUCUUCAUUAUACAGAAGAGAACACCGCAACAAUCUGUUCUCACUGUUUAGGUCUCAAGUUGAUUUUGGAUCAUAAAAAAUUUUUCUCUGGACUGUUUUUUUGCCAAAUCAAGCCUCUCCGUGGACAUGUGUUCUUGUUUCUUUCUAGCAAUAAUGCUGGGACUAAAAUAUAGAAAGGUGUCCCUUUAGAUCCUUGUACUGGUUUGGCCUGUGGCUGAGCAUGAGAUUCUGACUGAUUACCGUAUAUACUGUGUCGGCAUCCUACGGUGAAACUGUACGAGAAAAUGGAAUAAAAUGGAAGACUGUUGAGUGUGCCGAUUA